AUGACCUCAAAACUUAUUUCUCGAGUUCUAGAUACGAACAUUACAAGUAGAUCAAUAUACGAAGCACUCAGUUAUCAUGAAGAAGGGUCCCCGUCUGAUGUAGAGCUGAAUGUUGGAUUUAAUAUAGAUGAAGAGAACCUUGGACUGCAAAAUCAUGAGCUUGCUGACGUUGAUAUUUUCAAUGAAAACGAUAGCCAUGUAGCUGUCGAAAGUACGGGAUUUUUAUCACAUCAAGAGAACCCACUUCAAAGAUUGGAUGAAGAUACACGAACAACGCAUGUAAAUCGUUCGAAAUGGGACCACCAAAUUCCCAGAUUACAAACAGAAGACGGUGAUGAUGAUGUUCCAGCUUCAUUGCUUAUCGAAGGGCAUGAUAUUCCGGGCCCUCGAACACCGAAAACUAUAAGAAAAAGCCAGCCAAAACCUUUCCGCAAGGCUUUACCCAAGCCUGGCAUUUUAAAUGGGAAAUCAACUGCAACAUUAAAUGAUACAUACUCCCAACCAAACCCGCAAGUAUUUGAUAGAAAUAACACAGGGAACCCUUUGAAAAGCCCUGGAAUCACUGCAGCGUUUCUCAGAAACUCUCGAGAAAAAGCGCUAUGGAGAUGGGCGAACGUCACCAAUUUGGAUAAUUUUAUAAGAGAAGUAUAUGAUUACUAUUAUGGCUCUGGCAUACAAUGUAUUUUACUCGAGGGUUUCCUAAACUUGUUUCAGGUUGUCUUCGUUGCUAUUUUUACAACCUUUCUCACUCAGUGUGUAGAUUUUCCUCAGAUACCAACAAGCCGAAACCUUUCAGAGGUCCUAGUACCACAAUGCACCAAGAAAAUUGCUGGAUUUUCAAAUCUAGCGAUAUGGCUGUUCACUUUGCAUGUUUUUUGGAGAAUUUAUCAAUUACUUGCAGAUAUUCCUCGUUUAUUGCGGAUCAGAGACUUCUACUUAUAUCUCCUUGAAAUCCCUGAAAGUGAUAUGCAAACUGUAUCCUGGCAAGAUGUGGUGGCUCGUAUUAUGGCCUUGAGAGAUGCUAAUCCGAUCACGGCCGAAAUGAUUUCUUCAUCAAACCGAAAAUUUCUCGGGAGUCAGUCAAAACAGCGACUUGACGCACAUGAUAUUGCCAACAGGCUAAUGCGGCGAGAGAAUUAUUUAAUCGCACUAUUCAAUAAGGAUAUUCUCGACUUGACCCUUCCAGUCCCUUUUCUUCAAGGCCGCCAAUUAUUCUCAAGAGCUCUUCUAUGGAAUAUCGACCAGUGUAUCAUGGAUCUUGUAUUCAAUGAGCACGGACAGGUUCGGCAGCUUGUACUUAAAGACUCACAUCGAAAACAAUUGAGUAAUGCUUUGAGAGGUCGGUUUUUAUUCGCAGGAGUCAUGAAUGCUUGCUUUGCGCCAAUAAUAGUUGUUUAUCUAAUGAUAGUCUAUUUUUUGCGAUAUUUUAAUGAAUACCAGAAAAAUCCUGCUGCUGUCGGAUCACGGCAGUAUACUCCCCUAGCAGUGUGGAAGUUUCGCGAGUUUAAUGAACUUCAACAUUUAUUUGAUAAGAGGUUAAAUAUGUCAUAUCCAUUUGCUUCUAGGUACUUGGAUCAAUUUCCAAAGGCUAAGAUGGCUCAUUUUGCGAGGUCUGCGUCAUUUUUUUCAGGAGCGAUAGUUUCAGUGUUGGCAGUUAUUACCCUAUGGGACCCUGAGAUGCUCACUAACUUUGAGAUUACCACUGAUAGACCUGUCGUUUUCUAUAUUGGGGUUUUCGGUGCUAUAUGGGCUUUGACGAAAGGAAUGAUUCCUGAAGAGAACUUAGUCUUUGAUCCCGAGUAUGCCUUACGAAAUGUCAUCGACUACAUACACUACAUGCCUAACCACUGGCAAAAUCGACUCCAUUGCGACGAUGUCAAAAGGGAAUUUGCAACGCUCUAUCAGCUGAAGAUUGUCAUAUUUUUCCAAGAGGUCUUCAGCAUAAUAGUAACGCCAUUUAUAUUAUGGUUUAGCCUUCCCAAAUGCAGCGAACAGAUCAUUGAUUUCUUUCGCGAAUUUACCGUGCAUGUUGAUGGUGUGGGUUACGUUUGCUCGUUUGCUGUUUUCAAUUUCAAAAAAAGUGAUGGCAGAAAAGCGCCAUACCUUGCAAGCAAUACAGAUUAUCGAGAUGACUAUUAUUCUACUAAACACGGAAAAAUGGCAGCUUCUUAUUAUGGGUUUAUUGAUAAUUAUUUGAUCAACCCCAAGACAGCUAUCCAAGGUCAUGUUCCUCCCGGCAUGCAAAAUUAUCCACGAGGCCCAACUUUACCAGGAUUAGUUUCGCCUCUCUUUUCUCCGGAGUCACAAACCCACCGCACCAUACGCAACAAGCAGCGACUUGGAGCUCGCAACUCAAGGUUACUAGCGAAAAACCCUCAUACUAUAUCACCACUGCAGUCUAUUCUUCUUGAUCCUCAUCAUCAACCUUCAAAUUCUGGCUUUGAUGAAAGUUCCUCGCGGUCUCGGUACGUAGCCGAACAGAAUAUUGUUGAAGAAAGUACGGAAGACGAAGAUAUACUUGAUCUCGAGUCCAGAAGAAAACAAACAAUGACGAAAUCAUGUCAGAGUUAUCAAGAAUUGGAUGAAUCUAGAUGGGAAAUGUCACCAACGCGAGCCACAGCAGCCGAAAAUGAAGAAAGUGAUGAAACGGCAACAGGUGUUCUCGGUCUACUGUACAAGUUCCAAAAGGCACAGAAUGAUGGUAGGGGGGGCGUUGAAAUUUAG